AUGAAAUCAAAAUAGAACUUUUUGGCCACAAUGUGCAAAGGUAUGUUUGGAGAAAAAAGGGUGCCAAAUUCCAGGAAAAGAACACCUCUCCAACUCUGAAGCAUGGGUGUGGAUCGAUCCAGCUUUGGGGUUGUGUUGCAGCCAGUGGCACAGGGCACAUUUCAUUGGUCGAGGGAAGCAUGGAUUUGAAUAAAUACCAGCAAAUUCUGGAAGCAAACAUCACACCAUCUGUAAAAAAGUUGAAGUUAAAAAAAGGAUGGGUCCUACAGUAAGACAAUGAUCCAAAACACACCUCAAAAUCUACAAUGGAAUACCUCAAGAGGCACAAGCUGAAGGUUUUGCCCUGGCCCUCACAGUCCCCUGACCUAAACAUCAUUGAAAAUCUGUGGAUAGAGCUCAGAAGAGCAGUGCAUGCAAGACAGCCCAAAAAACUUGUAGAACUGGAAGCCUUUUGCAAGGACGAAUGUGUGAAAAUCCCCCAGGCGGGAUGACUAAUGUAAGUACCGAUUAAUAAAAUGGUGGACGUGACGGAUGUCUCUGAAACUGGAACAAAAAAGGUUUCCGAAGCAGGAGCAGGGACUAUUUGAAGGAGAGGGCAGGUUUUGAGGGACAUCAUCAUAUAAUAUAAUCUCAUCUCAUCAUCUCUAGCCGCUUUAUCAUGCCCGGAUCACUGCACAGGCUUCAUAUGGCUUCAGCCUAGGGGCCCCCUGCCUCGCAGGGGGGCCCCCAAUUGGUCAAAAGAAAAGAAAAAAACCUUCAUAUUCAUUGGCUCAAAAUGAAUAUUUAAAUAAACGGACGCUGAAUGGGUGAGGCAAAUCCGCCUUCCAUAUAUAAACGUGAGACGUCACGCACGACGUCACUCCACAGUUGAACAGUGAACAUGUGUGACAGAAAAUACGAGAGCGAUGCUCAAAAGCACAAGGCGCAACAGCAAAAAGCCCAACGUGACAAAGCUCUAUUGAGCAAUAUACCAAAACUAACAGGGUUUUUUAAACCUAAUGAAACCCAACUGGCAAGUGCAAGUCAUCAUGACACUAGCGUAGCAAACGUUAUGUUAGCUGCAGCUGCACCCAGUAGUACUACUAGCUCUGGUGAGGGUGAAGGACCAUCUCUUUCAGACCCCGUCCCAUUUGUGGAUGAAUGUGCCACUGCCACUAGUUUCACAAACAACUUAUCACAACUUGUGCAAUUGACAGUUGCAUAAGUUGUGAUAAGUUGUUGUCAAUCUAAACCUUAUAGUUUUUGGUGUUCUGUUUUUGCUGGCCCAGCUGUACAAAGUUUAAUAAUGAAAAAAAAAACUUUAAAAUGUAGAAAAUAGACCGUUCUUUACAGGUAGAUGGGAUAAGAUGGUGGUGGCUGGGGGGGGGCUACAGCAACUUGUAGCCUAGGGGCCCCUGGCCAUGUUAAUCCGGCCCUGCGCUUUAUCCUUCUACAGGGUCGCAGGCAAGCUGGAGCCUAUCCCAGCUGACUACGGGCGAAAGGCGGGGUACACCCUGGACAAGUCGCCGGAUCAUCACAGGGCUGACACAUAGACACAGACAACCAUUCACACUCACAUUCACACCUACGGUCAAUUUAGAGUCACCAGUUAACCUAACCUGCAUGUCUCUGGACUGUGGGGGAAACCGGAGCACCCGGAGGAAACCCACGCAGACACGGGGAGAACAUGCAAACUCCACACAGAAAGGCCCUCGCCGGCCACGGGGCUCGAACCCGGACCUUCUUGCUGUGAGGCGACAGCGCUAACCACUACACCACAGUGCUGCCCCAUAUAAUGUGAAAUGAAUAAACAGGCUACUGCUCUCAAACUGAAAGACAACACUCUUGAGUAAAGAUGGGGGAAACUCCUUAGUUGUUUGUUUUUCUGACUUUUACUGCACGUGUCUCUGGGCUAUAUUCAAUACAGUGUUUAAUAAUGAUGUGUAGUCUGUUAUUUAAACUGGCUGGCUUCUGUUUUUCAGGCCUGUUGACUCUGCUUUGAAAUGCUCGGCUUCAAGUAAUCAGAGUUUUAUGGUGAUAUAUCAGUAACGUGGAAAGAACCUGAAAACCAGUCAAUCAAUCAAUCAGUGUGUAGGGGGUGGGGUUCUGUGUUGUUAAUCACACGUGCACAAACAUUUCUGUCUCAUCGCACUACUAAUAUAACAACAAAAAUGUGUCAUUUUUAACACUCGGGAUAAAAUAUGUUGUUGUUUACUGUUGUAAACUCGUGAUUUGUCAUGUUUUCUUUCACAUGACUGCUUGUUCUUGCUCGAGUGAAUGCCCCGCCUACAGACAGACUGACAAAUCGCAUGAAGAGGGAGGAGGAGUCAACAGAGAGGUGCUGUUCUACAGAAAUAGAAACUACACAAAAAUAUCUGAAUUUCAGUCUGCUGGAUUGGGACACCUUUACUGCUCAACUCACUGCAUUAACCCACACUGGAAGUAGCAGAUCUACACCGACAACACAACUGACUUCUGCUCACAAAUGGAAAAGUAUAACAUGGAUCCCAGUCUUUUAAAUCAGCAAAUCAAAGUGAUGAGCUGCGUAAGAAGAUAUGUCUAAUACUGGACAUGACUCGGAAUACCCAGAAAAGGACUGGCUUCGAUGGAAUACAAGUUUGCUGUAUGUGCUAACAAAUGAAUUGAAGGGGGAAAAGCACUGGGACAUAUGAAGUGUGCAGAGGAAACGUUUCUUUAUUCCAAGAAAAUGACUGAAUUCAACAGAACUUUAAAGAUGGAAUUCAGUUUGGUGCAUACAUUGUUUAUUGCUGCUACAUUACUCUUGAACAUUGAACUGUGUUUUUGCACUUGCGCCCGAGCUGAAUAUGAGAUAAAUGGAGAAUGUUGCCCCAUGUGUGCACCUGGGUUGCAGGAGAGCCAAUCCCAGCUGAAUUUGGGCAAGAGGCUGGGCACACACUGAGCCGGUCGCCAGUCUAUCGCAGGGCUAGAGAGACAGACACACAUUCAAUGGGUACUUAUGGGCAAUUUAGCCAGUUGACCUAAUCCGCAUGUGUUUGGACUGUGGGAGGAAACCAAUGCAGGCACGGGGAGAACGUGGAAACUCUGCACGAAAAGGCCCUGGAUCAAACCCGGAACCUUCUUUCUCCAGGGCAACAGUGCUAAGCACUGCACCACCAUGCUGUUCCAUACGUGGUUAUUUCAACAUAAAUAGCAAAGAGACAGAUUUAUUUCAGCUUUUAUUUACUAUAUCGGAUUUUCACUGGGUUGAAUAUGCACUUUCUUUGUGGUUGGUGGCAUUCCAUUUUAAUUGCUUGAACUUAAAUCAAACACUUGGGAUAGCCUUCCACAAGCUUCUCACUAGAGGACAGAUGGACAACUGGAAAACAGAUGCUCACUGGAUAACAGGAUUAUGUGUCAGUACAUCUACAGGAAGCCGUGUUUAUAGACAUUGCACUGAAUUUAUCAGCACGACUUGUGUGCCAUGUGUUGACUUGACUUUCACCUCUGAGCCCAAUGGUCUUCUAAAUUGCCUUAGCUGUACAGUGUGUGAUCCUGGACAGGGCUUAAGAGUAAAGGCAGCCUGCACACAGACUUCAGAUACAGUUUGUGAGCCGCAGGAGGGAUUUUACUGUACUAAUGAUGAAAAGGGCAGCUGUACACAAGCUGUGGAACACACAAAAUGCAGCCCUGGACAAUACAUAAGGCAGAAAGGAACAGCAAGUAAAGAUGCUGAAUGUGCCGGAUGUAAAAAUGGCACCUACUCUGAUGGCUCACUUGAAAUGUGCAAACAACAUACAAAGUGUGAAGAUUUGGGACUUAUAGAAAUAAAACCAGGAACAACAACAUCUGAUGUCAAGUGUGGACAAAAAGUUCAAGUGGCUCUUAUAGUCAUAAUCAUAGUUUGCAUUGUUGUGGUUCUUACACUAGUAGGAUUAUAUCUCAGAAUGAAAUGCAAGUGUAACCGAAAUAUAGUUAGGAAUCCUGAGACAGAAACAGAUCCAGAUGAAAAUGAAACACCCGUCCAAACACCCACCUCAGAAACAUGUUUUCUACCACAAAGCAGUAAAAUGAUUAAAAGUACACAACCCAUAUGGACUAUAUGAAUGGAGUCUCUUCAUGUCCUGUUUUAUCACCCAGACCAGAAGAUCAGGACACAAUCACAUCUGUGUCAGAAUUUAAUUCCCUGUCCUCACUGGGGAUCAAGAAAAGACAGUUAUAAUAAAGAAGAAAGAUUAAAUGCAAAGGCCUGCCUGUGGGGACUAUGGUGGAUUUGUGAACGUUACAUCCCUGCUGGAUGUCACUACAUUCACCUGAAACACAGAGCUGGGAUCCCAGACAGAGGCUUCAUCACCCCGGAGUGCUGCAUAGUAAUUUCUUCAUUGAGUUAUCACAAAGAAGAUAGCAUUUUCAUUAAAGCCAUGAGUAUGACUCAACCUGCAUCCCUCAAGAAACAAGGAAGACAGACAUGGACUAAGACUCCAUCCAUCCAUCCAUCCAUCCAUCCAUUAUCCGUAACCGCUUAUCCUGUGCAGGGUUGCAGGCAAGCUGGAGCCUAUCCCAGCUGACCCUGGACAAGUCGCCAGGUCAUCACAGGACUGACAUAUAGAGACAAACAACCAUUCACACCUACCGGUAUGGUCAAUUUAGAGCCACCAGUUAACCUAACCUGCAUUUCUUUGGACUGUGGGGGAAAUCAGAGCACCCCGAGGAAACCCAUGCAGACACUGGGAGAACAUGCAAACUCCACACAGAAAGACCCCUGUUGGCCACUGGGCUCGAACCCAAAACCUUCUUGCUGUGAGGCGAUAGUGCUAACCACUACACCACCGUGCCGCCCGGAUUAAGACUCUUCAGAAUAUAAUAAAUUGGCUUGACUUAAAAAAAAAAGUAUGCAAACUCAUUGCAUCAGAAAAUCUAAGUAAAGUAAACUUAAGAUGGGGAGUUAAAAUAACUUACAUAUUAUACAGUAAGUGUGCAAUACUUAAAAUAACUUGUUUACUGUGAAUGUGCAAUAAUUAAGUUGUAAAACUUAAAGUUUAUAAAUAAAUUUUAAGUUCAUGAAGCAUAACAGACAUGAUUUAUGAUAACUCAAUUUUGAUACAGUUGUCCUAUAAAACCUGAGUUAGGUUCACUCAUUAUUUCUUAUUAAGUCCAUUGUUAAUAUUUACAGUGUGUAUUGCCACCAAAGUGGUAGAAUAAUCUCUUGUUGUCUGAUCAGAAUAGUCACUUCCUGUCUGACUCACUUUUUCACUAAUCACUGUCUCAAGAACUAAAUCUUCACUAUGACUUAAAAAUGCUUACAAAUAAUGAUUGUAUAACACCACUACUAAUUUCUCUCUAUCAGGGUUUGUCUUUCUAUCAGGGUUUAUCAUGGUGUUGAUCCCCAAAUCUUUAACCCAGCCACAUAUAAAAUGUUGUACACCUCCAUGCUCUUCCAGGUUUUUAUCUGUUUGUUCAUGUAGAACGAUGUCUGCAGCAUCAGGUAGUUUAUGAUGUCAAGGAACUCAAUGGACAGAUAAUUUUCCAACUCAUAGGAAAAAUCCUUCUUUGUUAAUGUGUAAAGAUUUAUCCCAUUGCAAAGAGCAAAUUUCUGAAGGUAUCUUGACCGUGUUUUGGCCUCUAAACUGCAAAAGUAGUCGGAGAAGGUUUCACUAGCUCUUUGCAUAACGACAGUUUACCUCACCAGCACUUCAUUCACCAGAAGUAAUCUCGCAAGCAAAAGUCACGUGACUGACUACAAACUAUACUUGCUGAACUCUGGACUUAUUUCUGGUGUGAGGAAACCCUCAAGAACAAAAUGUUCUAGUGCAGUUAACUCUGGGGCAGAGUUAAACUUAUUAUUAUUUUUAAAAUGAUAUAUUUUCUAAAAAUAUAUGAUGCCAAAGUUAUUAACAUUCCUAAGGAAUAUUCGAAAUAAAUGUCAGCAAACUGCCAUUCUUGGACUUGAUAUUACUUCCAUUUUCCUCCCAGUUUCUGGGAAAUCACUGCACUUAACAAUGUCCUGAUUGACCUGGAGAUAAAUAUGAGGUUGCACACGUGUAAAAUCCCUUUGUCAUCCCUUACCAUGGGAAAAACCAGUGAACUUUCAGCAGAAAAGGGACAGACAGUUGUUGACCUGCACAAAUCAGAAAUGUAAAAAAUAAGUAACUAAAAUCCCAUUGAGCAUGACUACAGCGAUGACAAAAAAAGAAUUAUGCAUGUCUAAAACAGUUGGAAAAUCACCAGGAACUGGGCCCAUGAGCUUUUUGUAGGUGUUCAAGAAAGCCCUUCUUGAGACUAAUUUUAGAGUAAAAUGCAGAACCUGAACUUCACCCGUCAUUAUACACCUACAGUCGGCAUUGUGGGUUGUGAUCAUGAAAUCAAUCUCAAUUCCUGUUCAUACACAAUAUCAUCAUGUUUGGUCACAAAAAGGAACUACAUACAAGCAAAAGCACCUGAUAUUCCACUGUAAAAUAUGAAGUGAUGCUUUGGGGCUAUUUUGUGGCUGGUGAUUCAGGGUCUCUCCUGAAAUAUCAAGAUAUUUCAGCUCAAACUUUCCUUACCUCUGCCAGGAGGUUCAACCUUGGCUAUAAACAGAGCUUUCAAUAAUACGAUGAGCCAAACAGACUUUAGACUCAGUUUCUCAAUUCAAAUCCUCCUCAUAUCCUGAGUAACGAAGUCCACAUCAGAAUAUAAAAGAUCGUAAAAUGUUGCCUGCAUGGAGGAGUGGACCAAGAUUCCUCUUCAGAUGGCACUUACUGGACAUUACAAGAAAAAACACAGUGGUGGUAUUCUCUCCAGGGCAGGUGUAAAAAAAAAAAAAUCAUUAAAAAUAAGUAAAUUAUUCAGGGAUUUGGCUGUUUUCUUCGUAAGAUUUUGUAGAAAUAAUGAACAUCUUUGUGCUUGAUAAAAAGUUUGCAUAAAACUAUACCCUAGGGUGCAUCAGUUGCCCUCACUUUCAUAAAAUCCGAUGCAUUUUUGUUUGGGUGUUCCUUUUCACCAAUAAAGACAUCCUGUAAAAUUUUUUGACCAUAUUCAAAAGUCUAAUGGUGGCACCAUGAGGUUCAUUUUUUCCAAAAAACGCUUAUUUUAUGUUUUCCCGUAAGGUUUGAAUCACAAUGUUGGACUCCAUUUAUUGAUUUCUUGUGACCCAGAGAUCGUGUUAAGAACCUUUGCAAGGGAUUGAGAAGCAUUAAUGUGAUUCAUAAUACAUUUGUAUUGUUUAAAAGUAGUUGAACAAUGAUUCAGUGAACAGCUAAAACUCAAACUGUGCUUGAUAAUAUAUUUAGAAUAUGUACUAAAAAUGUGUAUCUAAGAUAUUUGGUAUACUCUAUAAGGUGCCAUAAUGUUUCAUGAAAAGUGAUCGAAAUAUAACAGCUUUUUCCAUAACUUUGAGCUCCUGGUGCCACCAUUAAACUUUUGAAUUUUGUCAAAAUAUUUCACCCAGUGUGUUUUCUUACCAAAAGGAACAUAAAAACAAAAAUGCAUCAUGAUCGGAGGAACUUUUCAUUUUUAGGGGGCAACUGAUGCACCCUACUAUACCCUUGUAAAUGUCACUUGUUUUAUAAAUUGUAAAUGUAUUAUUGAUGUGAAAUUAACUAAUAUAACUAAUAUAACAAAUUUUUUAGUUAUUUAUUUAUGCAAAAUAUUUGAUUGUGUAGGCAAAGUAAUAUCGACUGUAAACUGUGUGUAUGUGUCAGAAAGAUAGUGAGUGAAUGUAUGAAUAAAUAAAUAUAUGGAUAUUAUACAUGCUUAUA